UGUUAAGAAUCCGCCUACAAAAUGACGUCAGACUUGCAGUCUCGGUAGUGCGCCAUUCCACUUCCGGAAUGCAGAACCCUCUUUUAUGGUCGAUGUGAGUAAACUAAGUGCUAUUCGAGUAAAUGUAGCGAUAAUGGAUAUUCUUAAGGCUGAGAUUGCAAAGAAGAGGAAACACAUAGAAGAGAAAGAACUCCUGGAUGACUCCACGAGAUACUUCAAGCGGGCCGAUCUUGUACGGAAGGAACAGGAGGAUUACUACAAGAGAUGUGGCUACGAGGUUGAUAAUGAGAAGCCAGCGGGACAGCCGGAGAAAAGGGAAGAAAUGACAGAGCCCGCCACCUCCUCCAAUCCUGUGUUAGAGCUGGAGCUGACGGAGGAGAAACUGCCCAUGACCCUUUCUCGGCAGGAGGUGAUCCGACGCCUGAGGGAGAGAGGGGAGCCCAUUCGUCUUUUCGGAGAGUCUGACUAUGAUGCAUUCCAGCGCCUGAGGAAGAUAGAAAUUUUAGCUCCUGAAGUGAAUAAGGGCUUAAGGAACGACCUGAAGGCGGCCAUGGACAAGAUCGACCAGCAGUACCUGAAUGAAAUCGUGGGUGGGCAGGAAUCGGGAGAGAUGGACAUGCAGCACGACCUGAAGGUCCAUGAGGAGAACACUACCAUUGAGGAGCUAGAGGCUCUCGGUGAAUCUCUGGGGACAGGCGACGAUAACGGUGACAUGGACGUCAUAAACAAAGUGUUAAAGUUCCUGCUUGGCGUCUGGGCCAAGGAGCUGAACGGACGGGAGGAGCAGGUGAAGCGGAGCGUGCAGGGAAAGCUGGCCAGUGCCACCCACAACCAGACAGAGUCCUACCUAAAGCCCCUCUUCAGAAAGCUCCGGAAGAAGAGUCUUCCAGCAGACAUCAAGGAGUCCAUCACAGACAUCAUUAAGUUCAUGCUGCAGAGGGAGUAUGUCAAGGCUAACGACGCCUACCUUCAAAUGGCCAUCGGAAACGCACCCUGGCCCAUCGGCGUCACCAUGGUGGGCAUCCACGCACGUACGGGCCGAGAGAAGAUCUUCUCCAAGCACGUGGCACACGUUCUCAAUGACGAAACCCAGAGGAAGUACAUCCAGGGCCUCAAGCGUCUGAUGACCAUCUGCCAGAAGCACUUCUCCACAGAUCCUUCCAAGUGUGUGGAGUACAAUGCCCUGUGACUCGCCGCGCCCGACACACCAGACUCCACCCUGCCAUUCACUGUAAAUAUAAAUAGAACUUUCCAGAAAGUUCCGUGUGAGUAAGUGUGUUUUGUGGAUGUCAAAUGAAGAGUUUACAUUUUCUGAAA